AUGCAUGUGCAGGUUGUCGUGUUUGGUGGAGGCUCCUUUGGGACUGCCAUGGCAUGUGCAUUGGCUAGCCAGAAGUCUCAGCUCAACGUCACUCUUCUGUUGAGAGACCCCUAUGUCUGCAAGGGCAUCAAUGAGCAGCAUGUCAAUACCCGCUACCUGAAGGAGUACGUGCUCCCCAGCAAUGUUGUGGCAACAACAAGCGCCACAGAAGCCAUACAAGGGGCUCAGUAUGCCAUACAUGCAGUUCCCGUCCAGCACAGUCGUGCCUUUCUGAAGAGCAUUGCGGAUAUUCUCCCACCAGAUGUGCCAAUCAUAUCUGUGAGCAAGGGGUUGGAGAUGGGUACGGGCAAGAUGAUGAGCGAGGUCAUCCCAGAUGCGCUCGGUCGUAGGCAGCCAGCUGCCUUCUUGUCAGGCCCCUCCUUCGCAAAGGAGAUGAUGGAUUUGCGUCCCACCGGAGUGGUUGCUGCCUCUAAGGACAAGAAGCUGGCCAGGGAGAUGCAGUGCCUUUUUGCCAGCCCAUAUCUCCGUGUCAACAUCACAACAGAUGUCACUGGUGUGGAGAUUUGUGGAGCGCUGAAAAAUGUACUGGCCUUGGCGGCUGGAAUUGUGGAGGGCCUGGAUCUGGGCAACAAUGCCAUGGCGGCCUUGGUGGCGCAGGGCUGUGCAGAGAUCCGCUGGCUGGCUGAAAAGAUGGGAGCCAAGUCCGCCACAGUGUCAGGCCUUUCGGGGCUGGGAGAUAUCAUGCUUACGUGCUAUGGCUCGCUCUCCCGUAACAGGUCCGUUGGAGUGCGCUUGGGCAGAGGGGACGCUCUGGCAGACAUUCUGGCAAGCAGCAGUCAAGUGGCAGAAGGAGUUGCUACUGCGGGUGUUGUUGUCAGUCUGGCACGCACCUAUCGUGUCUCCUUGCCUGUCCUUACUGCAGUCGCCCAGGUGCUUGAUGGAGCGUUGAGUCCAAAAGAAGCUGUUUUUGAGAUAAUGAACCUUCCUCAAAUUGAAGAGUCAUAA